AUGACAGUAGAUGAAGCAGCGAAACAACACAAACUUCGUGAUGGUAACCGCGAAUCAGCUUAUAAAUGUUUUGAAGCAUAUGCUGAUUUAGGUGAUGUGAAAGCAAAAUACUUUAAAGCAUAUUAUAUUCAACAAAAAUUGGUUAGACUUGAUAUUGACCAAACAGAUAAAAAUAAAUUAGUUGCAAAAUUAUAUAAAGAAGCUUCGGAUUCAGGCGAUGAAUUUCCUGAAGCUCAAUUACGUUAUGGUGACUGUUUAUUUAAAGGUGUAGGAGUUCAAAGGGAUUUAAAAGAAUCUGCUUUAUAUUUUACCAAGGCCGCUGAAAAUGGCAAAGCUGUUGGUAUGUUUAAUGCCGCUACUUUGUAUUUAUCUGAUAAAGCUGGUAUUAAGGAAGAAGCAUUGGGUGAGAAAUAUAUGAGAUUAGCUGCUUAUAAACAACAUAAGCAAGCUAUUGACUAUUGCAAGAAAAAUGGUUUGCCUUUAUAA